AUGGGUCCCCGCCUCAGCCGAGAUAGACAUCGGCCCUACAUCAGAACAUCCAUCCCACCUCCCCCACGGAAUUCGGAUAGGCCUCUUCGGCAUACCGCGGCACAGCAAAACAAAAGAGGUAUGCCUCCGCUCUUAUCUGCUCACAAUUUUUGUAUUUCCCCCUCAGAGAUAGUGUACGCACUGGAGAAGCUCAGCACGAAGGUACAAUGGCGGCAAAAGAUGAAGUUCGAUCCAAGUACUCGGAAGUCGAAUGUCCUCUGUGAAUUCCACCAGGAACGAGGUCAUAAAAUCGAGGACUGCAUAGGUCUGCGGCAGGAGGUAGUGAGAAUGCUAAAUCAGGGACACCUGAGAGAACUUAUGAGCGUCCGAGGACGAGCCAACUUUGCUCGCGGACGCGAACAAUCCCAGGGAUCUUCAAAAACGCCCUCUCCCGCUCGUACCAUACAAAUGAUAAUCGAUGGAGGUGACGGGACAGCAAUCAACCAUGUAAAAUUCACCGUUACACACAAACUCAAACGGUCGAUCACUCAUAAACGGUAUGAUGACCUCGAAGAUAGUAUCAUCUUCGACAAGUCAGAUACCGACGAUUUGUCUUUCCCUCACUACGAUGCUCUUGUUAUUACUUUAUGUAUUGCAGACACUGAUGUGAAAAGAAUAAUGGUGGACGACGGAAGAGGCGCGUGUGUGUUCCAGCUGGACUUUGUGCUUCUGUCAGGACAUAUAGAUGAACCAGUCACUGACUUGUGCUUUUGUCGGAGAACCCUAAUGGACCAGGUCAUUGGGUCCCUGUUAUGUUCCUCCAUGUGGUCGUCCAUCCAUUUGCUGAUGUUCAAGCUUCGACCAGUUCAUAUGAGAUGUGUAUCAUGUGGAGCAGGUUCUCUAUCUGGUUCUUUACGAUAA